GACCGAUUUGGAGGGAUGGACCCCGAAAGACCGAACUCCAUGAAAUUGGAAUGAAAUGGUUUCGUCUUCUUCUUCGUCUUCCUCUGCUCUCCCCUGUUCAUUGAUUGAUUUGUGUUCUUUGAAAUGCAUCAUCCAGUGGAGAAGAGAUUGACAGCUCCUCUGUGUGAAACGAAAUUUGAUUCUUGAGGUGGGCUUCGAUCGGACAGUGGGGUUUCUAGGUUCUUCAAAAAAAUCAACUGUCCCGGCAUUUCAUCGAGCACCUGGCGUGCACACACAUGGCUCAACAGGGAGAGGGGUGGCCUCUUGGUCUACAGCCUUUGAAUGUAAGAGUCGGGGUACCUGGAAAUCGAGACUGUUCGGGAUCAGUGUCUUUCAACACUUUGAUGACGGCUUCUCCUGUUUCAUUCACUGAUUCUUCAACCGAUUUGGACACUGAGUCAACAGGAUCUUUCUUCCAUAACAACAGCAUCACACUUGGGAGUCUCAUAGGAGUUUCAAACAUUUUGGAGCUCUCAAGAAGAUCAAUCAGGGGAAGAAGAACAGAGGGCACAAAUGGCAAGAGGAGCAAUGCCAGGUCUAGAACAUGGCUUUUCUUUUUGUGUUCAAGGGAGAUUACCGACGUCGAUAGCAUCGACAACAGCCCAUCGUUAGGCCACUUCCUGGCAGAAGAACGACGAGCAGCCGACGAAAAUAGGAGAAAUCAAGGUUUUGAAUUAGAAUUAGCUGAGUCUGCUCCAGAACCAAGCUCCCUAUUCAUCAAUGGCUGUGUGGCGCCUCCUCAAUGUAGCCUUGAUUCAGAUGCUGAAAGUGGGAGAAAUGGAGGAACUGAGCCUGCAAAUGACAGUAGAGUUGCACUGCUUUGUGCUUGCAUUUGUGGACACAUCAUGUGAAUGUUUUUUUUUUAUUUUUAUUUUUUAUUUUUAU